AGGAGAAGAAGAGUAAACUACUCAACAGUCCAAACCUCUACAUAGAAUUAUACUGAUCUGGUGUCUGCAAUCUGAUCUUCCGCCAUUUCUGCUCAAAAAAUUCACGGUCAUUACUAGCGAUUUUGAUUUUGUUGUCUAGCAAAACUAGGAGUGAAUGAAUCGUCGUCGUUCACGCCGAUCUCACGCCGAUCGGCUGCCGUCGCUUGAAACUGUUCAUUUCAAGCUCUCGAGAAUCGGUUGGCAACACGAACAGUUAAGAGUCUCCUUUCAUCAGCUUCAUUCUCAGAUCAUAAUCGGUCUGCAUGAGACGGAAGAUGUAAUUGCAUCUCUUGCGAUUCCGCUUAUGAAGCUGGUCGGACUGAAGACAGUUGAAAUGGCUCGCGAGGGAAGAUUCAACACUGUAGUCACUUCUGUUGAUCGUUCUCAUUCUCACGAAGACAGCAACUAUAUGACUAAAGCUAUGGCAGCAGGGAAUGAACUGAUGGAGAGACAGAAGCUAAGGCUGACGCAGCUGAUUAGCCUUCUUAAAAAGAUAGAAUCUCAGGUCAAUUCAAGCCAAAAUAGCAUCUUUCAGAACCUGGCCAACCAUCAGGCUUUCAUGAAAAAGUUCUUCAUGAAAACUUUUAGUUACGUUUCUGCAGUUCAUCAAUCAGGUCAAAGCAAUGACCUCUCCAACAUGAUGCUAAAAAUCCUCAAAGCCACAUCUGAUCAAGUAGGAAUUGCCAUCAGAUCAGUUGAGGUUGGGGUAGACAAUCUGGUGUGUGAACUGGCUGAGAAAAUGUGCAAUCCAAUGGCCGAGUAUGUCAACGGCCUUAAGAUCGAAGUGAAAACAGGAAUAUCUUUGCGCUUGUUAGAGAUCGCUAAGGAGAUGGAUGAGGCAAUAAAGAUAGGACAAUUAGAGUUGGAGGUAGCAAGAAACCAGGCAAGAUUAGCAGAACAGAGUAGACUUGAAGCUUUGAUCAAGUUGCAGAAAGCAGAAGAAACAGCUAAGAAACUAACCAUAUCCCUCGGAUUGCUCAUUGAAGAUGCCCCCGAAUCACAAGAAAACCCGACACAACAAGAGCCUCUGCAUCCGAGCACAAAGGAAGAUCAAACAGCAAAAGAUGAUAAUCUACUGUGGAAUCUGCUGAGAAAUGAGAGGAAAUUCCAAGAACCAAACAAUUAUCUCGAAACAAAUGAACCAUCGGGCAUGGAAACGCGCAGCAAAAGGCUCAAGUUAGCGAAAUUGGUUCCGUCCCAUAGUAACACAUCGGUUAUAACCAUAUCCAGGAAGCUGCUGUGUUCUUCUUCAGCUACAGCUCAAAAGACUAACACCAAAUCUCAACCUAUCAAUUCCAGGAAGAUGUUGUGUUCUUCUUCUCCAACUACAGCUCGAAAGGCUAACACCAAAUCUCAACCUAUCAAUUCCAGGAAGCUGUUGGGCUCUUCAUCUCUAUCCAAGGAUCAAAAAGAAAACACCAAAUCUCCAUUUAUCAGUUCCAAGGAGCUCUUGUGGUCAUCACCUGCAGCUCCUUCUCAGAAACUCCCCCUUCGCAAGCGAAUUACCCCGUGA